AUGGGAAAAGUUAAAAAAGGAUUCAAUUUUAAGGCACUAAUUAUUCUUCUACUGCGUCGGAUCGGCAUCGUGGUGCGCUUGGCUGGACGUGGACUGUGGCAGACGGGCAAGAUACUGGCUUUUGGUCGCCUCACCUCCCACCGAGCAAGCACUUCCAAGCCCGAGAGCGUAGAGUGCGCAGCUUUGCAAUUGAAUGAAGGGUUAGUGAUCCUACGACUAGUUAUGGACACGUGUAAUGGCCAGUACAUAUCCUCUUUUCCCGAAUUCAGUUUCACGGACGGAAGCUGCUUUCGACAGCGUUCUAAGGCCUUUGAUGUGGACCCGCACCAGUGUCGCAUAUGUGGGAAGCGUUUUUCCCAGCGUACGUAUCUAACACGACAUAAGGAGAUUUUUCACCAAAGUAAGUUCCCAUUGUACUUUGCUGCGUGUUUUGUAGUGAAAAGAGCCUUCGCCUGCUCGCAUUGUAACAAAUCUUUUUUGCGCCGAUGCCGUUUAAACGAACACAUAUCUGUGGUUCAUGAGAGAAGGAAGUCGUUCACUUGCCAGAAGUGCAGUAAAGGCUUCUGCCGUCGAGGCGAUCUAGACAAACACAUUUCUGCGGUUCAUGAGAAAAGGAGGCCCUUCACCUGCCAAAAUUGUGGUAAAGCCUUCUCCUGUAAAGGACACUUAAACAGACACGUUUCUACGGUCCACGAGAGUGGUCUGAGCUCUCUACGGGCGUUUUGUUACCGCCAUAAUUGCACUGGACAGUCGAUAGGAGCAUCUGCUGUACAGUCGCCGAUGUUGAGAAGAUUCGUAGAGUUGGCCAACGAUCUCGAGGAUGAGAUCCCUGCAGGCCCCUGUAUGAGUGUUGCUGAAAAGCCAAACGCAAUGUCGUUGUUGCCGUUGCUUGAAGUCCACGACAUCUUGAGAGUCAGUGACGGAGAAGCCCGUGCAAAUACGAAAACAGUUUCAUCUAGUCCUGUUACCGCACUUUAUGCUCCUAUUGACACCGUCUGGGGCACUUCUUAUUAUCACACUUAUCUGUCUACAGUCACAGGGCUUUCCGAUGCCAUUAGCUAA